AUGAGGCAGCUGUUCUCUUUGCCCUGGAUACUGAUGGUAAUGUUGGUAACCCCUUGGUUCACUGCAGUUGGAGCCAGUAACUCAUCAGAAGCAAAAAAGUGUUCCGAAUGCCACAAUAAUGCUACCUGCAUGCAGGUUGGAACAGCUACAGGAUGUUCCUGCCUGACGGGCUUCACUGGUGAUGGGCUGGAGUGUGAGGAUGUGGAUGAAUGUGCCAUCCCUCGAGCUCACAACUGCUCUGACAACAGCAUCUGUGUGAACACACUGGGUUCCUAUGACUGCACCUGCCAGGAUGGCUUCCGUCUGACGCCUGAGCUGGGCUGCACUGAUGUGGAUGAAUGCACAGAGCUGGGACUCAGUGACUGCCAUGCCCUAGCCACCUGUGUCAACACGGAGGGCAACUACUCGUGCGUGUGUCCCAAGGGCUAUGAAGGGGAUGGCUGGCAUUGUGCAUGCUCCCCAGGCUCCUGUGGGCCAGGGCUGGACUGCUUGCCCCAGGGCCCGGAUGGAGCACUGGUGUGUGAGGACCCCUGCAAUGUGCACAAGACCCUGGCUGAGUACUGGCGCAGUGUGGAGUAUGGUGCUGGAUACUCCUGUGACUUAGAUCUAUACGGCUGGUACCGGUUCACAGGCCAUGGUGGUGUGAGGAUGGCUGAGACCUGUGUGCCGGUCCUGCGAUGCAACACAGCUGCACCCAUGUGGCUCAAUGGCUCUCAUCCUUCGAGCAGAGAGGGCAUCGUGAGCCGCACAGCCUGUGCGCACUGGAGUGGCCACUGCUGUCUGUGGUCCACACAGAUCCAGGUGAAGGCCUGCACAGGUGGCUACUAUGUUUACAACCUGACUGCGCCCCCCGAAUGCAAUCUGGCUUACUGCACAGAUCCUAUCUCCGUGGAGGGGACUUGCGAAGAGUGUGGGGUAGACGAGGUUUGUGUAUCUGAUAACGGCAGAUGGCGCUGCCAGUGUAAACAGGACGUCAACAUCACAGAUGUCUCCCAACUGGAGUACUGGCUAGAGUGUGGGGCCAAUGAUAUCAAGAUGUCCCUUAGCAAAUGCCAGCUGCAGAGUCUGGGCUUUAUGAAGGUCUUCAUGUACCUGAAUGACAAUCAGUGCUCAGGCUUCAGUGAGAAGGGUGAAAGAGACUGGAUGUCCGUGGUGACCCCUGCCCAGGAUGGCCCCUGUGGGACAGUGUUGAGGACAAAUGAAACCCAUGCCACCUACAGCAACACCCUCUAUCUGGCAAAGGAGAUGAUCAUUCGUGAUGUCAACAUCAGAAUCAACUUUGAAUGCUCUUACCCCCUGGACAUGAAAGUCAGCCUGAAGACCUCCUUACAACCCAUGGUCAGUGCCCUGAACAUCAGCGUGGGUGGAACAGGCAUGUUCACUGUGCGGAUGGCUCUGUUCCAGAGCCCUGCCUACACACAGCCCUACCAAGGCCCCUCUGUGAUGCUGUCCACGGAGGCUUUUCUGUAUGUGGGCACCAUGCUGGAUGGGGGUGACUUGUCCCAGUUUGUACUGCUAAUGACCAACUGCUAUGCCACACCCAGUAGCAACUCCACAGACCCUGUGAAAUACUUCAUUAUCCAGGACAGAUGUCCACACACAGAGGAUACAACCAUUCAGGUGAUGGAGAAUGGCGAGUCCCCUCAGGGACGAUUUUCUGUUCAGAUGUUCCGGUUUGCAGGCAAUUACGACCUUGUCUACCUGCACUGUGAGGUGUACCUGUGUGACGCUGUGAAUGAAAAGUGCAAACCUACUUGCUCUGGUACCAGAGUUAGAAGUGGGAACUUCAUAGAUCAGACCCGUGUCCUGAACUUGGGCCCCAUCACACGGCAAGCUAUCCAGGCCUCUGUGUCCAAGGCUGCUUCCAGCGACUUGA